CUGCCAUCGCGUCGGCUCGCGUCGCUAUGAGGUCUGUCAAGCCUCGGCGAUGCCCCGAAUACCCCCGCGACAGUGCUCGCCCAAGAAUUGGUUUUGCUCAGUGGCGUUUUUUCUAGCCAACAACAUGCACGCGGGAUGCCAGAACAGGUGGAUCCGGGGUCUCACGAUCUCCACAAUUCUCCAUCCAUUAUGGAAAGAGUCCAGAAAAUCAUGCGCGCUGGCUCUGGGGACGACAGCGAGAGUCGGUCUCAUUGCUGGAAAGCUGGGGAUCACUAAGCCCUUCAUUCGCCCCGCCCCCACUAUGGUGCUCGGGUCCUCAUAGCUAUGAGCUCAUCACGCAGCCAGAGCUGUAGGCUCCUCUCAACACUAUCGAAGAGCUCCAGCUUAAUUGAUAGUCUUGAAUUCUCCCUUGCUUUACUCAGAAGCCACUUUGCAGCUGUACACACACCACCAUGGCAGCUACAAUCCCUUUCAGACAGAACUCACGGCAGCCAUCUCGCCAAAUGACUGAUCCUCGCAACGAAAUCCGCCCACAUGUUGACCACUAUAUUGGUAUCGAUGUUGGUACAGGCAGUGCCAGAGCUUGUAUCAUGAACGAUCAGGGUGACAUUGUUGGGCUGGCCUCAGAAAACAUUGGCCUGUGGCAGCCACAGACCGGUUACUAUGAACAAUCCACAACAGACAUCUGGCGAUGCAUCUGCUCCUCAGUCCGCCGAGCUAUGGACCAACACGGCAUCGACCGUGACUCCAUUCGUGGCAUUGGCUUCGACGCUACAUGCUCGCUCUCUGUUUUCACAGAAGACACCGAUGAGCCAGUCUCCGUUACUGGUCCACAUUUUGACAACAGAGACGGCAAUGAUCGCAAUGUCAUUCUAUGGCUUGACCAUCGACCUGUCGAAGAGACCGAGAAAAUCAACGCGACCGACCACAAUCUUCUUCGCUACGUUGGAGGAAAGAUGUCUAUCGAGAUGGAAAUCCCCAAGGUAUUGUGGUUGAAAAACAACAUGCCGAAAGAGCUCUUCGAUCGCUGCAAGUUCUACGACCUCGGUGACGCGCUUACACAUUUGGCCACUGGAAGUGACACUCGAAGCUACUGCAGUGUAGUUUGCAAGCAAGGGUUCGUUCCCGUUGGUGUUGAUGGGAGCGUGAAGGGAUGGCAGGAAGACUUCCUGAAAGAGAUUGGGUUGGAAGAUCUAUGCGAGGAUAACUUCAAGCGCAUGGGAGGCGUCGACAAAGUGAACGGACGGUACCUUACUGCCGGCGAGCUUGUCGGGACACUGAGCGAGAAGGCGGCCGCAGAGAUGGGCCUUAAUCCCGGUGUAGCUGUUGGCAGUGGUGUCAUCGAUGCCUACGCUGGCUGGAUUGGUACCGUUGGUGCCAAAGUCAAGCUCGACGAAGAUACCCUCGACAUGAGUCACGCAAAGAACGAUGUAGAGCAGGCCUUUACACGACUGGCUGCAGUCGCAGGAACUUCGACUUGCCAUCUUGCCAUGUCUCGAGACCCCGUCUUCGUCCCAGGUGUAUGGGGCCCCUACAGAGACGUUUUGCUACCUGAGUACUGGAUGGCGGAAGGCGGCCAGAGUGCAACAGGCGAACUGCUCAAGCACGUUAUUGAGACACAUCCCGCAUUCAACGAAGCAUCCUCUGUUGCGGAGACUUUUAACACGAACAUCUACGACUACCUAAACGAGCACCUCCGCGAGAUGGCUGAGCGCGAGAAUGCACCACACAUCUCAUGGCUAGGCCGCCACUUCUUCUUCUACGGCGAUUUGUUCGGCAACCGCUCGCCCAUUGCCGAUCCCAACAUGAAGGGCUCAGUCAUCGGCUUGAGCUCUGACAAGAGUCUUGACGGUCUAGCGAUGUACUACUACGCCACAUUGGAGUUCAUCGCGCUGCAGACUCACCAGAUUGUGUCGACGAUGAAUAAUUCUGGCCAUGUCAUCUCGUCAAUCUUCAUGUCUGGCUCCCAGUGCCAGAAUACCCUGCUCAUGCAGCUCGUAGCGACCGCUUGCGAUAUGCCUGUACUGAUUCCCAAGUACGUUCACGCUGCGGUCGUCCAUGGUGCAGCUAUGCUUGGUGCGAAGGCAGCGAGCACCGACAAAGAUGGUAACAGCGAGCCGCUUUGGGACAUCAUGGACAGAUUUAGCAAGCCUGGCAAAACAGUGAAGCCGAUCGCAGACAAGAAUGUCAAGAAGUUACUGGAGGCCAAAUACAAGGUCUUCCUUGAGCAAAUUGAUGGCCAGCAGAGAUACAGGAAGGAGGUAGAUGCUGCGGUUGAAGGCUGGGCCUAGGCAUUACCGUAAUGAACAGUGGAUAGAUGAUUUAUUGAAACAUGGCAUUGAAGCGACAAACGCAUGGAUCAAAAGCUCAUGAUAAUCUCACGUUUUCUUCAUUUCGAUGGCAUAGAGCCCACGAUCAAUUCCUGUCGUCUGAUGCACUCACCGCCCCUACGUGCACAAAUGCCUGUGAGGCUUCGCGUGUUGAGCACAAACUCGUACCCCUCGG